UUGCAUGCAGAGACCAUACACAGAAGAGCCGGCAUGAUGAACCAAAAUCAGAACUAUCCACACCCGGGGGUGUUCGUGGUGGAUGCGGGUGGAGGUCAGCAGCCUUUAAAUCAGUAUCCAUAUCAUGGGCCCAGCUGGUCCUUUCCACCUGCUCAGGAGGUGAUGAGGAAAAAGAGGAAGAGCUACAGCUUCAUGGGAGUGAGCUCGGGGCUGGUGAUGGUGGUGUUGCUCCUCUUUCUGCUCGUGUUUGUGGCCAUGGGAUAUGGAACCUACAAGAUCUUCAAGAUGCAGGAGCAGCUGUCAAGAAUGGCUCAGGUGAAUCAUGCGAAGGAAUUUAGAGUGGCGGAAAAACAGAUUGGCUUUCGUAAUAACACUGCGGAGAAAGAGAAGAAAGCGAGCAGAGCUGCAGCACACGUCAUAGGACGGAUAGAGACCAAGGUGUUUCACAAAACGUUGCGCUGGGAUCCACGCAUAGGUCGGGCCUUUGUGACUGAAGGUGUGACUUACCAGGGCAAAGAGGGAGCUCUGCAGAUCAAUGAGGCUGGCCUUUACCACAUUUACUGCAGAGUGGAGCUGACAGUGCCCCACUGCACCUCCACCUUCUCCUUUAUCCAUUCUGUGUUGGUGAAGAGAGUAGGACAGUCCUCCCCUCUCACCCUGAUGGAGGCCCAUGAAGUCGGGUUCUGCCCCUCGCGACUGAAGGAGUCAUGGACUAAAGAGAGUUACCUGGCUUCUGCAGUGCUGCUGCAGCAGGAUGACAAAGUCUUCGUGAAUGUUUCACACCCUCGUGAUGUUAGACAUUCAGAACAUGCCAACUUUUUUGGUCUAUACAAGGUUUAGAAAUCACAUAGGCUUGGUUGAUGAACACUACGCUGCCGAUUGUGUUGUAGCAUUAGACAUAUUUAUUAAGCAUUAUCUGACU